AUGUCUUCGUUGACAGAUAUGGAUGACGACCCAUCUCUGAUACAGCCUGAAGGCACUAUUCGUUAUAUUGCACUCGGUUCAGCUGGGGCUGUCUUCCAGGACAGCAGCGAUCGAGUUAUCAAGACACCCCUGAAGCACGAUGUUACGGGAUGCAGCCAACAAGUGAUUGAGACAGUCCAACACAUCGAGUCCAUCUCCGAGUUGUGCAUUAGCCGCGAAAAACUGAUCUACCAAACCCUGCCCAAGAAUCCCAACGUCCUCGAUUGCCUCGCUAUCACAGAUAGGGGUCUCCACUUUCCAUAUCAUCGCUUGGGAAAUCUUCGCGAAUAUAUGCAACACAAUGAAAUACGCAGCCACACCCGAGACCAAUGGAUCCAAAAUGCUAUUGACGCCGUCGCUUUGAUCCAUUCAUACGGUGUGAUCCAUGCUGACAUCAGUCCGCGGAACUUCCUUGUGGCUGAAGACCUAUCGAUCAAGCUUUGCGACUUUGCUGGAUCAGUCAUUGGCGACCUUAAGCCAUUAGUGGAGGAGGAAGACCGAUACCGAAUAUCGCCAUGGUCACCACGGACUUUCAAAACGGACCUAUUCGCCUUGGGAUGCUUGAUUUACGAAAUUUCCACGGGGGUUCGGCCGUACAACGAAAUUGACGAUCUCGAAGAAAUUGAAAGGCUUUACAGCGCCAAUGUGUUCCCAAAUCUCGAGGGUCUCAGGUACCGGGAUGUGAUCAAUAAAUGCUGGACAUCCCAGUACGCAAGCGCGGGCAUGCUCCAAGACGACUUCAGUCUUUGCUUUAUACGGGAUAAGGGAUUGGAUGAUCCUUCGUCAAGGCGUCACUUGUGUUCAAAUCUGUUUCAAAGCCCGUCUAUAAGGAUGGCACUGGGCUUUGCCAGUGCCGUCUCAGCUUUUUUUUGGAUUUAUCGGAAGCGAAAUUGGCGGUGA